CAAUGGACAUGAGUCUGAGUAAGUUGGUGAUGGACAGGGAGGCCUGGUUUGCUGCAGUCCAUGGGGUUGCAAAGAGUCAGACACGACUGAGCGACUGAACUGAACUGAAUACUAGCCUUUGCUGUUCAUGCAUUUACAAGAAACUGUGCUCUCAGUCGUUUCAGCCCUGUCUGACUCUUUACAACCCCAUGGACUUGUAGCCCACCAGGCUCCUCUGUGGGAUUCUCCAGGCAAGAAUACUGGAGUGGGUUGCCAUUUCCUACUCCAAAACUGUGCGCUAAAGUCAAAGAAAAAUGAACCUGUAAAGAUGCAUUGGAAGGAAGGUAGGGCAGAUACUUGCGGAUGCAGGAAACCAGAACUUGAGCUGCACUGAGGUGUUCUCUCUCCCUCUCCCUCCCCUCUUGUGACUAACGAGCUGAGUCCUUUCUCCAACUUUACAUGAUUCCCCCCGUGAACUAGUGGCAGUAUUUUCCUACAUAAAUUUGUCUCGUGACUUAACAGCGUUCAUGUUCAUAUCCUCCUAACAGAUGGUGUUUAAAGUCUUCACAGGUUUCUCACCUUUUAGAGUUCAGAUUUACUAUCCACUCGGGUUGUGUGACCUGUACUUUUGCAGUCUUCCAAAUAGUUCCUUGGCGGAGACCCUGUCUACUUUAUUCUCGUACUCUUGGGUGCUGGAGAAUCAGAGAUCAGUUGCCUAACACUGGGGGACGGGGUAGGGGUGGGUAGGCAGUGCACCUUUGCGCCUGCGCCAGCCCGGACCCUGGCUUACCCGGUCACCCGCUCCCCUCCCCCAUGGGGUAGGUUGGUGCGGAUUUGGCUUUUGAAGGCCUUCAAAACACAAUUUACAUUUGUAUAAUGAAGACCGAGUUCCUAGCAACCACUUUGCAAGUGAAUCUUGGGAGUUCAAUCUUUCUGCAAUGGAGAUAGUGCAGGCCGCGAUCCUUGGCUUUGUUAGCAGUUUGUAAUUUAGCCAGAUUUUAUUUUUUAAAACAAAAACAUCCCCCCACCCCAUCUUUUAAUGACAGUAUGCUGCAGUAUGUGACAGCCAGUGUUUUAAAGUACGGGGCGUUUAGUCUCCCCAUAGUUUUGUCGUUAGCUUUUCCAAGCGAUUCUUUGAAAGCUAGAUGACAGUGUUAGUAAACGCCAAAAUAACGGCUGUGGCUUGAGCCAGCCGGCGUUACUCCAGCGUGGCGGCGGACCGGCUUCUCGGCGGCGUUCUACGCGUGUUCGCGUUCUACGCAGCGGGGGUGCUUAUGCGCUCACUGAGGGGGCGGGGCGCUAGGCCGCCGCUAGUGCGCAUGGGCGGCGUCCUCCUCCGCCUUGGGGGACCCCUGCAGUUUACGUUGUUGUCCGGGACGUCGCGAAGACCGUUACCUGAGUGCCUCCCGUCGCCGACAUGGCCGAUGAAAAUGGUUCCCUGAGGGAAGCCGACGAGACGAGAGCGCAACCGGCGGUGACCAUCCCGGGUAGUGCGUACUCGCGGAAGCAGGUGGAGGAGGAGGAGGAGGAAGCUUUGAAGGUGGAAGCGGCAGCGACGUCUGAUGCGGAAUCUGAUACCUCCUCUGACGACCUGAGCUGGGGGGAGGCCGACAUCCACCCCAGCCUGCUGGAGCGGGUGGAUGAGGAGAAAUGCCGCAGUAUCCGCAAGCAGUACCGGCAGCUCAUCUAUUGCGUCCAGCAGAACCGAGACGACAUAGUGAACACGGCGAGCGACUCCUUAACCGAGGCUCUCGAGGAAGCCAAUGUCCUGUUUGACGCAGUGAGUCGGACAAGAGAAGCGGCUCUAGACGCUCAGUUUCUUGUUUUGGCUUCUGAUUUGGGUAAAGAAAAAGCAAAGCAGCUGAACUCUGACAUGAACUUUUUUAAUCAGGUGGCAUUUUGUGACUUUCUGUUUAUAUUUGUGGGUCUAAAUUGGAUGGAAGAUGAUGGACAUGAUCCGUUGAACAACUGUGACGAUAACAUAGCUCUUUCCUUCUGGGAGACAGUGCAGAAGGAAGCGACAUCGUGGAUGUUACAAGCUGAAACAUUCCACUUUGUUUUUGGCUCGUUCAAAUCAGAGUCUGCCGCGCGAAAGCCGCGACUUGAUCACCGGAGAAAAGUUCAGAAAAUGGAAGAAAAUGGGGAUAUGCCUACAAAGCUGAGGAAGCUGGAUCUGAGUGGUAAUCAAGAAGCCACAGAAAAAGAAGUAGAAAGAAUCUUGGGAUUGUUGCAAACGUACUUUCGAAAGUAUCCUGAUACUCCUGUGUCUUAUUUUGAGUUUGUGAUUGAUCCACACUCUUUUUCUCGUACUGUGGAGAAUAUAUUUUACGUUUCUUUCAUUAUAAGGGAUGGUUUUGCAAGAAUAAGGCUUGACCAAGACAGGCUGCCAAUAUUGGAGCCAAUUAAUAUUAACCUAGCCGGUGAGGGAAAUGAUCCCAGUUUCCACAGCAGGAAACAGGGAGUUAUAUCUUUGAGUUUACAAGACUGGAAAAACAUUGUGGCAACUUUCGAAAUUUCAGAGGCUAUGAUCACAAACUCAUACUAAAGAUUUUUGUUCUUAGCACAGAUGCGUUUUAUUUUCUAAAGCAUAGCGUCGUGGAGAGUAAAAUCCAAACAGAAGCACUUACUGUAUUUCUUGUGAAAAAUAUUUUCAAGAAAAUAAGUUGUUUUACUGUGCGUUGUAUUUUUCUUGGUAGUUUUAUAAAGUUGUCAUGAUAAAGUUGUCACUGGCUGUUCAUGGGAGAGAUUUUUUGACUGCUUCUUAAGACUUUAUCAAUAAAAACUGAAUUCCAUAAAAUAAAAAGUGUUUGAUAAUUU